CAAGUAACAAAUACGUCGUCUGCAACUUGCAUGCGUCUCGACAGUAAAACUAGCGUCAGAUUGCAUUUAGCCGAAUCCGAUUCGUGCUAAAACGCGUGAAAAGAUUAUACUUUGGGGCGACGAUAAACACGAAACGCUAUUUAUAUUAACAAAGGGCACAUUUUCGAGAAUAAUCUGAUGAUUUUACAAAUUAAGUGGUUUCUAGCGUCAACAUCCAAACAGUAAAACCUUGGUACACGUAUGUGCGGUUUAAAAUGCUCAGCUACUUUUAAACAAAGGAUUGUUUACAUUGUGGAACCGGGGAACCCCAAAUCCUAUCGUCUCACAAAAACUUUGUUUUCUGCACUAUAAUAAUUUCCUUUAUCACUUGCUUUAAGUUCCAAGUUUUUUAUUUUAUUUAUCUAUUUAUUGAUCUUCAGACAGGUCGGUAACCCCUACAACUUGCUAAUUGCUGGAAGUUGAUUUCCAAGGGGAACCACUACAUGAAUAAUUAAACAAGAUGUGUUGCAUUCUGUAAGGCAACCAGAGAAGUUCCAAGUAUAGAAUGCAUGUACUAGUAACCUUUAUCAUGUACAUUUUCACUUGUUGAAUUUGAAAACACCAUUGGCCCCAGGUUAGGGGUCAUAGUGGGGAACCUAUGCCCAAUUUUUUUUCAAAUGGAAAGAUAAUAAUUUGAACAAGAUAACACACUAGUUAUUCUGUUCUUAUAUGUAUGUUAUUUAACUGGUAUGGCAUAGAUGAACCGUAAACACCACAUGGAAUAGAUAGCUGAAUAUGUUUCCUUAGAUCCUGGGGCAAGGUAGAAAUAUUUUACAUGUUAUACUUCAGAUUUUUCAAAUUCUCAUCAGGUGUUAACUUGUACUUUGCAGGUUCAUGUAAAACGCCCUUCUGACAGAAAGGCUAGGGUGUAUGAUGUACGUCAGAAGGAGCUGCCCGUCAUUCGUCACAUCGUGGAAAAGAGGUGGGAACAGGCUGCCAAGGACAUCAUGGGUCAUGAGGACUUGUCAGCGUCCGUAAGGAAGCAGGUAGGAGCUGCAAUUGUUAAGGAAGGGAAGGAGAUGGCAGCUACCUCAGUCCUGGGUCACACUAGCUGUGAGGACCUGAAGUCCUUCACCCUCGCCGACGUCAACAGGGAGCUUGAAGAUCAAGCUCCAUUAAUGUCGGAAUGUCUCCGUGCCUCAUGUGGAUACAAAACGACAGGAUAUGCUGAUGUAGCUGUUGCUACGGCAGCAAGUAUAUGCCUGCGCGUGCCGUACCCCACUCUGUCUGCAUUGCAGUACAGGAACAGUUUUGUGCUAUUGCAUGCAGGAGCGAAGAAGAGGGCCUUCCAGAGAUUCAACAGACAACAAAUGUGUAUGUCACACAAAAGCACGAUUUCGAAGCAACGAGAAGCAGGAGAGUUGCAUGACAGCACUGUAUUAAAAUGGAGAACAGACAUUGAACACUACUUCAUGGCACAGCGAGUCCUGGAAACAAUCAAAGAGGCAACCGCAGAGGAGGAAGCGAAGGCAGAAAAAGCCAUGCUGGACAAGUCAGGAGACUCCUCCAGCACAAUCAGUUUUGCGGACUUGUCAGCGUGUGGCUUUAGUGUCAAGGCAGUCAGCUCUGACUUUGAAGACUUGGACCUGGGUGUGAGUAUUCUGCAAGAGGGAGAAACCAACGCUGAGAUGCAAGAUGUGGACCUUGGUGUGGGGGUCCUGCCGGAGGAUAAGACGAAUGAGGGGAGAAAGUCACUUUCAGAACUCGCACCUGGAUACCCAGAAGGUGCAUAUGCCAUUGCCAACCUAGCAAUCCAGGAUAGUACGUCCACUGAAUCGUCACACCUGCCAUAUUCCACAGCAACUAUUCUAAAGGCCAUCUCUGCAAUCGCGCAAUACUUCCCAGAAUGGUUCCAGUUGUGUUUUGACAACGUCGACCUCAAUGUAACUCCAAAACACCAGGGUCGGGACAACACAACCAAAUCGUACCACUGGGUACAUCAGUACGCAGCCAAGGACAGGGUUAAGACAGAUCUACCAAACACUGCCCCUCAAAAAGCCUUGAAAGAUUUUGACCUAACAGAUGUAUUGCCGACAGAAGAAGUACAGCAGUUGCUUAGAAAGGACUUCAUUGUGGACGUAGGCAGGAUGAUGGUCAAGAGGAUCCCAGCCUUCAAAUGCCUGGAGGAUGUCGCUGUCUGGCACAUACCCCACCCAUAUGAGGAGGAGAUGGCACAGAAAUCAGAACAGGUAUGGCUUGGAUUACAAUUCAAGAACGAGAACGUGAAUGCUGAGAUGGCUGACAUCCUGAAGUACUUCCACAAGUAUGUGCCAGCUGAGAGGGAUGAGGACGGGAACAUCGAGCGACUUCUCCAAGUUGUCCUUCUUGGGGGCGACUGGCUCUCCCAAGAACGAGCAGACAACAUCCAGGGGGCCUUCCGGGACGGAGACGACCCAUUAGAAAGGCUGGAGGGAGUUCUGGGAAAGUAUGAGCUGUGGCACGGAGAGAGAAACCUAACAGAGGUUCAGGACAAGGUGUUCCACAAGGACAGCCCAGCAGACAAGGGAUCCUUGUGCAGCAAUAUGAAUGUCACCAGGAGCCUGAGUGCAAAGAAGGGGCCACAUGCUGCCUACAACCCCUACAAGGAAUUCAUGGCGAAGAACACCGAGGCCCUAGUGCUGUAUGCAUGUAUGGUGGUGUUUGGCUGGGAAAGCUUGGAUGGUAAGUUUAAAUAUUCAUUACUUCCUCUGUGAAACAACAUGUUUGUGUGUCAUCAUUUCUUUGUACAUGUGUAUGAUAAUUAAUGAGCCUCAGAAAGUUGUUUAAUUGACUACUAACCCAGCUUUGUAACAUUUAGCUGACUGAUAUCACUA